AUGUUGACUACAACCGCCCUGGUUCUGAGAGAAAUUGACGGCCCAUUCUCGCUAGAAGAAAUAUUCGUUGAGACAAUAAGGAAUGACGAGGCUUUAGUUGAGAUUCAUGCAACAGGACUAUGUCACACUGACUUGUCUUGCGCAAACGGCACAUUACCCGCCACUGCACCUGCAGUCUUGGGCCAUGAAGGGGCUGGGGUCAUCAAAGAAGUAGGGUCACACAUCACAGACCUGAAACCCGGUGACAAAGUGCUUCUUUCUUAUUCUCAUUGCGGUGCCUGCGAACAAUGCACGUCAGGACAUCCUGCAUACUGUUAUUCUUUCGUUCCGUGGAACCUCGGCGGGAAACGACCUGAUGGCUCAACUACAAUGGGACUUGAGGAUAACCAAGCCAAAAUCCCCCUAUUCAGCCGCUUUUUUGGCCAAAGCUCUUUCGCACGCCUUACAAUUGCCCAUAGAUCGAGUCUGGUGAAAGUGGGGGCUAACACCGAUCUGUCUUUGUUUGCACCACUUGGAUGCGGCUUACAAACGGGAGCGGGCUCCAUUCUGAACACACUUAAUGUACAGCCCGGAAAAACAGUGGCGAUCUUUGGAGUCGGGUCUGUAGGUAUGAGCGCGGUCAUGGCAGCUAAAAUUCGCGGUGCGAAGGAGAUCAUUGCUGUUGACCUUCAACAGUCCCGGCUCGACUUGGCCAAGUCGCUUGGAGCCACAGCUACCAUAUUGGGCAACGACACCGACAUUAUCUCAAAAGUUCAAGAGAUCUCACCGCCAAAUGGUGUCCACUAUGCUUUGGACUGCUCAGGUGUGCCUGCGGUCAUUGAGAUGAUGAUCAAUUGCCUCGGGACACGGGGCAGAGCUGCUUCUGUGGGGGCCCCAGCGCCCGGAAGGAAAGUCGGGAUUGAUGUUUUUGCACAACUAAUUAACGGACGCGAAUAUUUUGGUUGCUGCGAGGGGGACUCUGUCCCAAACAUGGUGAUUAAUGUUCACACCCUGGAUGGUGAAUAA